AUGCUGGACAGCGCUCAGCGCUUCCGGAGAGUGCGAAGCAAGGGGUCAGAGCCGUCGGGAAUCAUCAGGGAUCCUCAGGAAGAUGCGGACGUGCGGAGCAAGGUGCCCUCGGAAAACUACGACGUGAGCCGCGACGAGUUCUUCUUCGACCGCAGCCCCUGCGCCUUCCGCGCCAUCGUGGCGCUGCUGCGCGCCGGCAAGCUGCGGCUGCUGCGCGGCCCGUGCGCCCUCGCCUUCCGCGACGAGCUGGCCUACUGGGGCAUCGACGAGGCGCGCCUGGAGCGCUGCUGCCUGCGCCGCCUGCGCCGCCGCGAGGAGGAGGCGGCCGAGGCGCGCGCGGGGCCGGCGGAGCGCGGGCCGCCGGGGAGCCCGGACUGCGGCCUGGGGCCCGGCGGGCGGCUGGCGCGCGGCCGGCGGCGCCUGCGCGACGUGGUGGACAACCCGCACUCGGGGCUGGCCGGCAAGCUCUUCGCCUGCGUGUCGGUCGCCUUCGUGGCCGUCACGGCCGUCGGCCUCUGCCUCAGCACCAUGCCGGACAUCCGCGCGGAGGAGGAGCGGGGCGAGUGCUCCCCCAAGUGCCGCAACCUGUUCGUGCUGGAGACGGUGUGCGUGGCCUGGUUCUCUUUCGAGUUCCUGCUGCCCCAGGCAGUUGGGAGGCACAGCGCCCGUGGGGCGCAGUGCAGAGGGGCAGCCCCCUGGAGCAGUGCAGUCAUCGUCCCUGGAGCAGUCCCUUCCUGCUCCUGCAGCAUCGCCUACACAAAGCUGGAGGCCUGCAUGUCAGCCAGCCCCACGUCCUCCCUUGCGGCGCCUCUCUGCCCCUGGGUGGGCAGCUGCUGCAAGCUGGCCCUGACAGAGGAGAGCCCUCCAGUGCCGCACUCCUCGCUCUGCACGGCUGGUCCUUCAGGAGGAAACUGCUUCCUUCUGUGCAUCGGAGCUUGCUGA